CCAUACAUGUUACGUCUAUAUAUGUAGGAAUAAAAAAUAAAGUGAAAAAAACACAUAAUAAAAAAAUGGAGACAUGGUUACUCAUCUUGGCCUCUCUCUUCGUGUCUCUCCUUCUCCAUCUCCUCAUUCGCAGCCUUAACUCCUCCUCUCCUCCUCUACCUCCUGACCCUAAUGUCUUACCUUUCCUUGGAACCCUUCACUGGCUCAGGGAAGGCUUAGGUGGCCUCGAAUCCUAUCUCCGUUCCGUUCACCACCGUCUAGGCCCUAUCGUGACUCUCCGUAUCACUUCCCUCCCUGCCAUAUUCGUUGCCGACCGUUCCCUCGCUCACGAGGCUCUAGUACUGAACAGCGCCGUCUAUGCAGACCGUCCACCACCGGCUACAAUCAGCAAGAUUGUCGACAAACACAACAUCAGCUCCGGGUCAUAUGGAGCCACGUGGCGGCUUCUUCGACGAAAUAUCUCCACUGAGAUCCUUCAUCCCUCGCGCGUGAGAUCUUGUUCUCACGCGCGACACUGGGUUCUUGGGAUCCUCUUUGAUAGAUUUCGUAAAUACAGAGGUCAAGAACCAAUCGUUCUUGUUGACCAUCUCUAAUAUGCCAUGUUUGCUCUUCUUGUUCUCAUGUGUUUUGGAGAUAAACUCGUAGAGAAGCAAAUCAAACAAGUGGAGUUUAUUCAGAGACUACAGCUCCUUAGCUUGACCAGAUUCAACAUCUUCAACAUAUGGCCUAAGUUCACUAAACUGAUCUUGCGAAACAGGUGGCAAGAAUUUCUCCAGAUUCGGAGACAGCAGCAGGACAUUUUGCUCCCGCUGAUUUGUGCCCGAAGAAAGAUCGUGGAAGAGAGGAAGAAGAGAUCGGAUGAAGAAGAAGAAGACAACAAAGACUAUGCGCAAUCAUACGUUGAUACUCUUCUUGAUUUGGAGCUUCCUGAUGAGAAGAGGAAGCUGAACGAGGAAGACAUCAUGAACUUGUGUUCAGAGUUUCUCACUGCAGGGACUGAUACAACGGCCACAGCGCUGCAAUGGAUCAUGGCGAACCUCGUGAAAAAUCCAGAAAUACAAGAGAAAUUACACGAGGAGAUCAAAAGCGUAGUCGGGGAAGAAGCAAAAGAUGUGGAGGAAGAAGAUGUUGAGAAGAUGCCAUAUCUAAAGGCAGUAGUGUUAGAGGGUCUCCGAAGGCAUCCUCCAGGACAUUUUUUGCUCCCGCACAGUGUCACAGAGGACACUUUACUGGGAGGGUACAAGGUACCAAAGAAUGGGACAGUCAACUUCAUGGUGGCGGAAAUAGGACGUGAUCCAAGGGUGUGGGAGGAACCUAUGGUGUUUAAGCCGGAGAGAUUCAUCGGAGAAGAAGAAGUGGUGGAUAUAACUGGAAGUAGAGGAAUAAAGAUGAUGCCGUUCGGAGCAGGAAGAAGGAUAUGUCCCGGGAUAGGGCUAGCCAUGUUACAUCUCGAGUGGUUCGUUGCCAACAUGGUCAGGGAGUUCCAAUGGAAAGAGGUCGAAGGUCAUGAAGUUGACUUGACGGAGAAGCUAGAGUUCACUGUCGUCAUGAAGCAUCCUCUACAGGCUCUUGCUGUUCAUAGGAGAAGUGACUAAGCUUCUACUUCUUUUUCUUUGGUUUAAUAUUCAAAAUGUGUGUACUUUGUUAGAUUUUUAGUAACGAACAUGCUAUAUGUUAGAAUAAAUCAUAAAACAUUGUUGACCAUUUGUAUUCAAAUUUAUGUUGGCCACUUUAGACCAUUUUUAUUUCGGCAAGGUAAGUUACAUAA